CUCUCAGCAGAUUAUGUUGGCAUUGCACAGUUGCCGCUUAUCUAAGUGAAUGGUUCUGCAUUUAUAAAAGGCGAGCUCACAACGGCAGUAUACACACAGUAAUAGAAAUUGACUUGUCAGCUCCUUCUCCAAAAGGCUUCGGACAUAAAGAAGAAAAGUAUUGUCCGUUUAUAUAAGCGACUGGAUUUCGAGAAGCACACGCUCUUGCAAGUUUGCAAAAAUACAAGAAAACGCAAAUUGGGAUUCAUAAUGCAUUGGUAUAUAUUUUUUAUAUAAACAAGUUUGGUGGCCCACCUAUUGAGGAAUAUCCAGUCCUGGUGUUCCAGUGAAAUUCGACAGACCGGGAUUUAGUUUUCCUUCUUGGUUGUUUUAUUUAUGCCACCAUAUUUAUUUCCUGGACAGGCCUCCUGUUCUGGGACUCUGGUCAGUUCACGGCGCGACUGUAGCGCCAUGGUAACCCACAGUAAGUUUGACACCGCGAUGAGCUGCAGCCCCUUUGACGCUAGCCCGCGGCUGCCUCCUCACCGCUUCAAGACCUUCAGCUCCAAGCACGAGUACCAGCUGGUGAUCACUGCCAUUCGGAAGCUGCAGGAGAGCGGCUUCUACUGGAGCACAGUGAACGGGAGGGAGGCCAAUAGCCUGCUUAGCUCUGAACCUGCUGGCACGUUCUUGAUACGGGACAGCUCGGACAACCAUCACUUCUUCACCCUCAGCGUUAAAACUGGCUCCGGGACCAAAAACCUGCGCAUUCAGUGCGACAGCUGCUGCUUUUUCCUACAGACUGACCCCAAAAGCAUGCAGCCAGCACCUCGCUUUGACUGCGUCUUGAAACUGAUCCACCAUUACAUGCCUUCCAAAGUCUCUGCGGCGUCUGCUGGGAACGGGAAGAGCAGUUACUUUAUUUACUCCAGCGGAGAAAAGAUUCCCCUGGAGCUACUCAGACCCUUGUCCUCAAGCGUUUCCACUCUGCAGCACCUCUGUCGCAAGACUCUCAAUGGACACCUGGAGGUUUCCAGUAAACUGGACCAGCUGCCUCAUACGCUAAAGGAGUUCCUCCAGGAGUACGACGCUCCGGUAUGAAGACCCUCGCUAUGAACAGACCCCCGUAGUAGUCACCCAGUUGACUUGCUUAAUGUGGAAUUUUUGCUUUUGUGUGGCCUGUACUGUGCUGCACUGUACUGCUGAGCAACCUGGCUUUCCAUUCCUUUAAAAAGGGUCUUAAAAACUAUUCGAAAGGUAUCGGGACAGGAAGGUCAAGCCAGCCAGCUAGCGCGCUAGGAACGUUUGCUGUUAAGCACUGGUGUAAAUUCUGGAUGAAACAGUUGUCUGGUUUUUUUGCAACUGUGGCAUAACAGCACACAUGGUAACAGCUACCUAACCGUCAGUAAAAUGUACGCUGAGUAUACUCUGCAUUCUACCUGUAUGCUGCUACUACUACUCAUGGUAUAUUGGCGUUGAUAGACAAAGCAUAUUUCUAACAUUUCAUUUCUCACUUGUCAUUUUUCCAAGAGACAAAGCAGGGUACCCGAAGUUACAUGACAAAGUAAUUUCCAUUUGUGUUCCAGGCAGAGCUGUCUGGUUAUUGUAUGCGUGUGAGUCUGUGUGGAUGUAGGUGGGGGAAAGAGUACCCAUGGUUUUUCAAAGAAAGGAAACGAGGCAGCAUCCUUAACAUCAAAGUAGCACCAUACUAAUAGCUAGAACUGCUUAGAAAGAAACUUAGUUGAAGGAAUGCUGCAGCAGGCUCUCUGUUUAGCUCUUUAACCUUUUCAGAGAUCACUUUUUCUUUUUUUUUUUUUUGCACAUCGCUAAUGAAUACUAUAGUUCUGAGGUGGGGUUAAAGUCAGUGCAGCUAGCUAGAAGAAGACAGCCUCUUUCCCUCAACUCAUUCAGAAUUCACAUGUACACAAUCCUGUAUGUUUUGCUGAAAGAACCCUCAUUAAAACUGUCCAGAAAGGGGAUCUGAGAAGUUACUACCCCCACACCACUAAAGACAAUGUGCUGGUUUAGAGAGUGACAGCCCAGCUUAAACUUGUGAGAUGAAUAAACCCCUGAUAAAUUGCAAAUGAAAACGCAUUUGAUUUUUCUUUUUGUGCAUCAGCGUUGUUUUCUUAAGCGUACAAAAUAAAGCGGUAGCAUUUCUCUUACAAUCACUGUUGAAUGUAUUCAAGGGAAGCUUGCAUUCCCUUCUCUGUUCAUGGCAGUUCUGUGUGUGUGUGUGUGUUUUUUUUUUUUUUU